UUUUUGUAGACUUUUAAAAAUAAAUUAGUUGAUUAUACAAAUAUAACGAUUGUUAUCUAUCUUUGUCUAAUGUUGAUACAUAUCGUUGUUCUAAACAAAAGUGCCAUGGAAUCACGUAUUAUUUGAAUUAAAUUAAUAAUUCAAUUAGUCUAUUAAUUUGCUUAUAGCUUACAUUCAAAUAGAAGGAUUUUAAAUCAAAUAUGGCCAAAUGCAAAUUAGAAUUUCAAUACUUGCAAGUAUGUGAAGAAGAAGGUGAAGAAGCUAUCGAACUUCCAGCUGAAGAAGACGGAACUUUAUUAUUGACGACAUUAAUUGGACAAUAUCCAGGUGCAACUGGAUUGAAAUUUCGAAACCCAACAACAAAAACAUUACGUGGCAUUAGGCUUGUUGACGGACGACUUCAUCCUCCAGAAGGAGGAUGGGGUGAUACUAUAUAUUGUUGUGCAUAUCCAAAAGAAAAUAAAAGAAAAUCAGAUGACGUUCUUGAAAACUCAUCGGCAAAGACAAAACGCGUUGAGUCAAAACUGAAAUGUACUGAUUUAAUAGUACUUGGUUUACCAUGGCGGACAAAUGAUGAAAAUUUACGUGAAUAUUUUGAAAAGUUUGGAGUUGUUUUAAUUGCUCAAGUGAAAAAAGAUCCAAAAACUGGCCAAUCAAAAGGAUUUGGAUUUGUGCGUUUCAGUUCAUAUGAAGCUCAAAUGCGAGUGUUAGCUAUGCGACAUAUGAUUGAUGGACGAUGGUGUGAUGUCAAAAUUCCAAAUUCUAAGGAAGGUAUGUUUCCACCAAAACCAUGUAAGGUGUUUGUUGGUCGCUGCACAGAAGAUUUAACAAGUGAAGAUCUUCGAGAAUAUUUUAGUAAAUUUGGUGAAGUUACUGAUGUUUUCAUUCCAAAACCAUUCAGAGCUUUUGCAUUUGUUACAUUUUUGGAUCCUGAAGUUGCUCAGAGUUUAUGUGGCGAGGAUCAUAUUGUGAAUGGUGUGUCUUUAAAUGUGUGUAACGCUGUUCCAAAGUCAGAAAAUUCAAAUUCACAACGUUCUGGUGGCUACAAUCAACGUGGUGGUAAUUCCUCAAUGCAACAGCGAUCUAAUGAUUCAAUGUAUGGCAAUAAUGGACCAAAUAAUGGGCCAAUGGGCGGUGGUAGUAGCGGUAUGGGCAGUGGAAAUUCACAAAAUAGUUAUAGUUCACCAGUUUGGAAUUCUGGGCCGAGAAAUAAUAUUGAUAUGCCUAAUUUACAAGCAUUAGGUAUUACUGGAAAUGGAAAUCCAGGAGCUGGUAAUCCAUCACAAAAUCUUCCAAAUCAAUCCACAAAUGUACCGAAUCCAUUGAGUAACAUAGGUUUAAAUAUUAUGAACCCUGCAAUAGUUGCAGCAUUAAAUCAAGCUGGUUGGGGAUUGAUAAACAAUAUGCAAAAUCAAGAUAACUUUAAUCAAAACUUUCAGAGUCCACAAUCGAAUGGAAACCAUUCGUCGCCUGUUAAACAAGGUUGGAUUGCUCAAGGACAACAAGGAAAUGCACCAAAUUCAAAUCCACAAUGGGCUCGAUCUCAAUCAUAAAUUUUAAAAUAAAUAAAUUAGUAUAAAUUUCGUAUGCAUUUGUGUAGUUGUAUAUGAUGAUGAUUUAAAUUCAACAUUAAAUAUUUGUUAGUUAUUAUAAUUAAUUUUUCUUAAUGUAUAUUUUAGUAUUUGCGUAUUGUAUUCUAUUGUGCAUGUAAUGUUAUUUAUUAUAAUUGUUUGUAACUACGUUUAUUAUUAUAAAUUAACUGUUGCAAUGAAAAACCAACUCAAAAUUGAUUAAAAAAUUGGGCAUACACACUGAUGUGUACUGAUAGAUAGGUUCUUGGAUCAUAUUAGUGAUAAAAAAUUGUCUAACAUCCAUUGUAAUGUAACUUAGUAUGUACAGUGAAAUCUGGUUGAGACAUCAAGGGACCUGCAAAUUUGUCUCACUUAAAGAGGUAUUCCACUUUCCCAGUGUCUCAGAUAUUCAGGUAUAAAUAAACAUCUUUCUUAUUAACAGAGGGUUCCAUUAAUAGAGGCCAGAAUACAGGUUAUUUCAGUUAUAGAGGUUAGAUUAUUAAAUAAAAUAACGUAUUACAAAAUUAAAUAUUAUAAUUGUUACGAAGUUGCUUUUCCCAUAUUAGCAAGCACUGUUGUAGUCCAGGAUGUUUUGAUAAACGUACACGUUUUAGUUUUCCUAAACGAAUCCCGGAUAUAGAGAUUUGCUUCGUUCCACUGACAGAGGUAAUUCAGUGCCUAAGUGUGGGAACUCAACAUGAGUUCCAGUUAUGGAGGGGUCUCACUUAUCCAGGUCCCACUUAACCAAGUUUUACUGUAUUGUGAUAUGUAUUCAUUGGCACAAGAUAAACAUAAAAGUUUCUAUAAACAUUGGUACUGUUUAUAGGAACUUUGCGCCUCUUAAUAGUCUGAAUGACAGUCACUUUUAUUACUUAAUAGUCUGAAUG